UUCCUUCUCUAGCCAGUUUUUGCCUGCUUUCCUUCUAUUGUCGCCCACUUUCCUUCAUUUUCGCUCUCCUUCCUUACGGCUAUCGGCCCCAUUUCUUCCUCUCAUAACCCGCGUAGGUGUCCAGAUGCUCCCGAAACGGCGGCGAGUGCGGGUCGGCUGUCCCGGUGGUGCUGUCACUUCCUCCACUUCGCCCUUAGUGCUGUUUCCCGGCGUCGCCAUCUACCUGGCUGAACCGCGCAUGGGCCGUAGCCGCCGGGCCUUUCUCACACGCCUGGCGCUGUCCAAGGGCUUCCGUGUCCUCGAAGUCUACAGCUCCGAGGUGACACAUGUGGUGAUGGAACAGACCUCAGUGAAGGAGGCCAUCUGCUGGCAGAAGCACAUGGCUGCUGCUCUCCCGUGCUGUCCCCACCCAGCUCUGCUGGACAUCAGCUGGUUCACAGAAAGCAUGGCAGCUGGGCAGCCUGUCCCUGUGGAGGACCGGCAUCGCCUGGAGGUGGUUGAGCCCAGGAAUGAGCCCCCAAGCCCAGUGUGGGUGUCARUUUAUGCCUGCCAGCGUCCCACACCCCUCACACACCACAAUACCAUCCUCUCGGAGGCCUUGGAGACUCUGGCAGAGGCAGCAGGCUUCGAAGGCAGUGAGGGCCGCCUCCUCUCCUUCCGCAGAGCAGCCUCUGUGCUCAGGGCCCUUCCUUGCCCUGUCACUUCCCUGAGUCAGCUGCAGGGGUUGCCUCACUUUGGAGAACAUUCUUCCAGGGUUGUCCAGGAACUGMUGGAGCAUGGAGCAUGUGAGGAGGUGGAGAGAAUUCGUUGCUCAGAGAGGUACCAAACCAUGAAGCUCUUCACCCAAAUCUUUGGGGUUGGGGUGAAGACUGCCAACCGCUGGUACCAGGAAGGGCUGCGAACCCUGGAUGACCUCCGAGGACAACCUCAGAAACUGACCAAGCAGCAGAAAGCAGGGCUCCAGCACCACCAGGACUUAAGCACUCCAGUUGGACGGCCUGAUGCUGAGGUUCUGCAGCAACUGGUAGAGGCAGUCGUGGGCCAGGUCCUGCCUGGGGCCACUGUCACGCUGACUGGUGGCUUUCGAAGGGGCAAGUUACAGGGCCAUGAUGUGGACUUCCUUAUCACCCACCCUGAGGAGGGCCAGGAGGCGGGGUUGCUGCUGAAAGUGAUGUGCCACCUGCAGAGCCAGGGCCUUAUCCUGUAUCAUCAGCACCAAGCCAGCUGCUUAGAGACCCCUACUCACCUUGUCCAGCGGAGCCACACCAUGGAUGCCUUUGAGAGGAGUUUCUGCAUCUUCCGCCUGCCUCAACCCUCAGGAGCUGCCUUGGGGGGUGUCCUGAAGCCUUGCUCAGCAUGGAAAGCUGUGAGGGUAGAUCUGGUGGUUGCUCCCAUCAGCCAGUUCCCUUUUGCUCUGCUUGGCUGGACUGGCUCUCAGCUUUUUGAGCGGGAACUGCGCCGAUUCAGCCGGAAAGAGAAGGGACUGUGUCUGAACAGCCAUGGACUGUUUGACCCAGAGCAGAAGACAUUUUUCCAUGUGGUUUCCGAAGAAGACAUCUUCAGACACCUGGGCCUCAAGUACCUUCCCCCAGAGCAGAGAAAUGCCUGAUCCAGCCCAUCUGCCCUCACUCCUCUUAGGAAACGGGGGGCUGCUGGACACUUUUGAAUAUCUCCAGGCAGAAGAUACGCUGCCACGCCAUAUCCUCAUCUCCAAGUGGAAGAGUCUUUACCUGUGGGAGCGUCUGUGAGGCGGGGCCUUCCUCACACUCCAGCCUUAUAGCUGUGUGAUCAUGGUCAGCAUUCAGCCUCCCCAGGCCUCAGGUUCCCACCUGGGUCAGGAAAUCUGAGCAGUACUCAAGUCAUGGAGCUGUGGCAGAGCCAGCAGUCCCAGUGCGGCAAUUGAGGUGUGGUUGCGUGUCUUCUAUAGGGCACCCCACUCAGUUGCCCAGAAGAGAACCGUGUAUCCCUGCCCUGCACUUGAGCCAUGAGGUGGAAGCUGUAGUUCUUGCUCUUAGGAGUCCUCUGUGGAGGUGAAAACGGGUAUGCUGCAAUCACCUGGAAUGAGUGAAGGUCCAAGUCAAGAGAACUUCCAAUGCUGAGAUUUUGGCACUGCAGCCCCUACCCUGCUUCUGCCUUUAAGUCCUAUACUCUCCCUACUUCAAAACAAGUCACACCCUGCCACUUCUUGCUCAUAGUCCUGCGGCAUUCCAAACCCCAAAAUCCUYAUGUGAUCCCCUAGGGUUCUAGCAUUUCUGCCACCCCUGCCAACCUCAUCUGCACUCUUCUUUCAAUACCCCCCGCCCCAUCCCUCAUUUGCUUCCUGUUUCACUGUUUCCUACUGAUGUGCUCAGACCCCAUGUCUCUGACUCCCUCCCCUUUCUGAGGCAGAAACACUGAAAUGGGCUGGACAYACAGGUGUCCUGUGUGUUCCCUGAUCUCCUGCAGGGCCUUUGCCUUCGCCACUCUUUGCCUCCUUCAGGACUUGACUCAAGGUCAUCUUGUUAGUCACAGCUUCCCAGACCACUCACCACAUCACAAAGUGUUUUUUAAAUUAACAUGCAAUAAAAUGGUAUCUUUUAA